AAUAAAUACGGGUGGCGUUGUUUCGUCAGCUGUGAAAAUAUAAUCUGCAGUUAAUUUAUUCGUUGUAACUGACUCAUCCUUCCAUAUUUUGCGCGUUCGUUACUUCCCGACAGUAACAAUUGUCUGAUCUCGAAAACUGCCGAAUGCCGAGCACCGACUGGCUUUUAAUUGACUUAUAAUUGACUUGGCUUGACUUACUUGUCAGUAUCCAGUGUACUGUCGGACUAACCGGCUAGUGAAGGACAUUAAGGAUUCCCCUCUAACCAUGAAUAAUCACUUACCAAAUGAUUCCAAGACCCAGUUGUUUAAUCCGGGUGAACAAACUACUCAAAUGGAUCGCCUACGAGAGAUUAUCAACAGAAAAUAUAGCGUACACUUAGCGAAAUAUGCUGAUUUCCACAAGUGGUCAUGUGACAAUUAUGCUGAAUUCUGGGAAGAAGUUUGGCAUUUUGCAGGUGUCAUCCACUCAAAGACCUAUGAUAAGGUCAUUGACAAAUGUCUAAAAAUUGCAGAUAUACCUGAAUGGUUUCCUGGAUCAGAACUAAACUAUGCAGAAAACCUGUUGCGCUUCAAUGACAACAGGAUAGCAAUAUAUGCAACAAGAGAAGGGUCUGAUGUAAUUACAAAAAGAACAUUUGCUGAUCUUCAUAGAAAUGUGGCCCUGUACGCUUCUGCCAUGAAACACAUGGGUGUCGUUAAGGGAGACCGAGUCGUGGGUUAUUUACCAAACUGUUGUGAAGCUGUCGAGGCAAUGCUUGCUGCAGCCAGUAUUGGUGCAAUUUGGAGUUCUACAUCACCUGAUUUUGGAACUGAGGGUGUUCUUGAAAGAUUCUCACAAAUUGAACCAAAGCUUCUGUUUACCGUGAAUGCUGUGUUUUACAAUAAUAAAGUCCACGACCAUUUGAACAAGGUCAAGAAAGUUGUUCAAGGUCUACCACAUCUGAAGAAAGUAGUAAUUAUCCCAUUUAUCAAAGCCACAUUCUCAAUCACUGAUAUCCCUCUCAGCUGCCUUAUUGAAGAUUUCUUACAAUCAGCAACAAACGAUAAUGAAAAUGGCGUGCCUCCACUACAAUUUGAACAGCUGCCUUUCAAACACCCAUUGUUCAUUAUGUACUCUUCAGGAACCACUGGGCCUCCAAAAUGUAUUGUGCAUUCUGCUGGGGGAACACUGUUGAAACAUUUGGAAGAACACUGCCUUCAAAGUAACAUGACCCAAGAUGACAUCAUGUUCUACUAUACAACAGCUGGUUGGAUGAUGUGGAAUUGGUUGGUUUCUACUCUGGCAUUAGGUUCUGCAAUUGUUCUCUAUGAUGGUUCUCCGCUGAUGCCACAUCCAAAUGUAUUGUGGGACUUAAUUGAUAAUAUCGGUAUCACCAUCUUUGGUACUGGUGCAAAAUGGCUGUCUUUGAUAGAAGAAAAAGGUUUAAAACCAGCUGAAACACACAACCUGAAAACCCUCCGAAUGAUUCUGUCAACAGGUUCCCCAUUAAAACCCCAAAGUUAUGAUUAUGUUUACAGUCACAUUAAGAACAAUAUUCUUCUGGGAUCAAUAUCUGGUGGCACUGAUAUAAUUGCAUGUUUUAUGGGACAAAACUGGACAAUUCCUGUCUACAGAGGAGAAAUACAGUCUUUUGCUCUUGGUUGUGCCAUGGAAAGUUGGGACGAAAAUGGUCACCAUGUUUUAGAGCAGAGUGGAGAGCUUGUCUGUACAAAACCGUUUCCAUCAAUGCCAAUAUAUUUCUGGAAUGAUCCUCAGAAUUUGAAAUACAAAAAAGCCUAUUUUUCUAAAUUUGCUGGUGUGUGGGUACAAGGUGAUUUCUGCAAGAUUAAUCCUGACACUGGAGGUAUUGUAAUGCUGGGUCGGAGUGAUGGUACCUUGAAUCCCAAUGGAGUACGAUUUGGAAGUGCUGAAAUUUAUCAAGUUGUUGAAACAUUCGUUGAAAUCCAAGAUUGUCUUUGUGUGGCUCAAAGGAAAAUGGAUGGAUCAGAUGAACGAGCAAUCCUUUUUAUCAAAAUGGCAAAUAACCAGCAAUUCACUGAAGAACUAAAGAAAGAUAUUUGUUCUCACAUCCGCACAUCUUUAUCGAGUCGGCAUGUUCCUGCUUAUGUCCUUCCAAUCAAAGAUAUUCCAUAUACCAUAAAUGGAAAAAAAGUUGAAAUAGCCAUCAGUAAAAUCAUAAGCGGCCAAAAUGUGUCACAACGCGGCGCUUUAUCAAAUCCAGAAUCCUUGGAUCUUUACAGCAACAUUAAAGUCUUGCAGAAUUAUUGACCAGUUAAAAAGUGAACCUGAUCUCGUCUCUGAAUCCUGAGAAAAUAAUUCAGCCUAGAAUACUUGCCACUUACCCAAAAAGUGAUCUUUAUAUUUUUGGUGAUAAUUAUCAGGGAUGUCUUUGUAUAUAGUGAUGUAUUUAUCGAGAAAAUUUGAAUUUUUGUUGUUUUUUUUUAUAUUGUAUUUUCCCAGAUUGUUACUGAUGUAAAAGCGAUUAAUUUUUUUCUUAAUUAAUCCUGCUAGUUUCCCCACUUUGAUCUCUCCAAUUCCAUAAGAAGAGGAGGCAAGAGACAACUUAUUACUACAAACUACUGGAACGAUUGAUUUUAUUUUUUUUUCCUUCCAUGUUUCCCUCUAUUGCAGAAAUUUUUCUAUCAGGCCCGAAUACACUUGAAAAAUACCAUAAAUUACUAUUUUUAUAAACAUUGCCCCCCCCCCAACACUCUCCAAAUACUACUGCUUUUACCAGCUUUACUAAAAAGUGUUAAAGCCAUUUUAAACAUUGUAAAAUUGGUUCCCACAAAGUAUUUUGUACACCUUGUUUUUGUCCAGUCAUUUCAUCAGGCAUUUGUUUCCAAAUGGAAAUGAUUUUUAUGAUGAACUCCAAAAAUCCUAUUUAUGGACCUCAGGGACCCAUUCACAGGGCUGGUACUUAACUUGAAUUUAUCUAACAUCAAAACAGAUAAGAAAUAUCUUCCUCUAUAAGAUUCAUUAGUCUAUUACAAGAAACUUACCCAACAAUGAGUUGAACUCGGCAGAGCAACCUACAAGCAUCCAGUCUUUAUGUGCUAGUAACCUAAUCAUCUAAUACAGCAGUUCUCAACCGCAGCCCCGGGGCCACAUGCAUCCUUCCUGCAAACUCUGACGGUCUUCUGUCUUUAAAUAUAAUAAACCUUUCUUUGACUUGUUUUACCUUUUUUGGUGUGGCCCCCUAAAACAAUCCAGGAUUUGGAUCUGGCCCCUGAUAUAAAAAAAGGUUGAGAACCACUGAUCUGAUAUCUUGACCAACUGGGUCAUUGAAAGUUACAUGUAACUGGCGAUAGACACAAUAUGCCUGUUACCAUAAGCAUGGUACUCACUGCUUACCCUUUGGUUGGUUGUCGUCAGCCUCUGAGUUAUUAAAGGUGAGGUGAAAAAUGUAUGAAAUGCUCAACCAUGAAAAUAUACUAGAAAAAAAUAUGCCAUGGAUACAUGCCACAGAAUGUGACAAGGCCGGCCCUUUGAAAUACAGGUACUAUUCAUUGUUGCCAGCUGAGUGGACUGGAGCAACGUGAAAUAAAGUGUCUUGCUCAAGGACACAAACAGACUGCUAGGAAUCGAACUCACAACCUCAUGAUCUUGAACUGAGUACUCUAACCAUUAAGCCAUACAUCUUCUCGAUUUUAUUUAUAAAUGUGUAAGCAAAAUAAAUUAGUGAAGGGGAAACCAAGCUGAAAAUAAAACAAACAGGCAAGAUGUGGUCCUGUCUAGGAGGGCAAUAAUUCUGAAUAAGGACUGACUCAGACUAUGACAACCCAUCUAACCCAUGCCAUCAUGGAAAGCAGACAUAAUGAUGAGGAAGCAGAAGAGGAAAUCCUCAAGCCAUUUGAACAUGGCUUUGUAUUGAGUCAUUAGGCUGUGGCAUAAAAUUCCUUGUAGUAUUAGUUUAAACUCUCAACACUUUGAGUUCAAAUCCUGGGUUGGUGGAACUUGUGAGAAAAUCAAACCAGAUGCCUUGCAGUUUUGUUUCCUGGUUCUUUGCAUUCUAAUUUCAAAUCCCACCAUGGCCUACCCUUGGGUGGGUAAAUUCAACCCAUCGGUUUGGUUUCAAACCACCACCUGGCCCUUUAAUUGUUCUCUUUUGCUUAUAAAGUUAAUCCUGUAACAUUGGUGGGGAAAAUAUUUUGAAUCUCACUUGAAAAUCUAUUUCUUAGAAUAUUUUAAUAUUCAGAUACAUCUGUACACAUCUAAAUAAAGAUUUUCAUAAAACA